AUGGCCCUCGGCGAUGCUGACAUGCAAAAGCAGAUUAAGCAUAUGAUGGCUUUUAUUGAACAAAAAGCCAAUGAGACAGCAGAGAAAAUAGAUGCAAAGGCAGAGGAAGAGUUCAACAUUGAGAACUGCCAUCUUGUACAAACCCAAAGUAUGAAGAUUAUGGAAUACUAUGAGAAGAAAAUUCAGAUAUCUAAUUUGAUGAAUCAAGCAAGGCUCAAAGUCCUCAGAGCAAGAGAUGACCUUAUUACAGACCUACUAAAUGAAGCAAAACAGAGACUCAGCAAAGUGUUAAAAGAUACAACCGGGUACCAAGUGCUGCUGGUUGGGCUGGUCCUCCAGGGUUUGUACCAAUUGUUGGAGCCCCAAAUGAUUGUUUGUUGCAGGAAGCAGGAUUUCCCUCUGGUAAAGGCUGCAGUGCAAAAAACAAUUCCUAUGUACAAAAUUGCCACCAAAAUAGAUGUUGAUGUCCAAAUUGAUCAGGAGGCCUACCUGCCUGAGGAAAUAGCUGGUGGAGUUGAGAUCUACAAUGGGGAUCGUAAAAUAAAAAUUCCCAAUACCCUAGAAAGCCGGCUGGAUCUCAUAGCCCAGCAGAUGAUACCAGAAGUACCGGGAGCCUUAUUUGGUGCACAUGCCAACAGGAAGUUUUUGGACUAA